UUGUUUUCAUUAAAUUAUUUCAUCCACGCUCUCAGCGGUUCCCUGGGUAAUAUCUUUGCCAUUUUAUUAUUCUACCCUCUAGACACUGUUAGAACCAGGCUGCAAGUUCAAGAAAAUCGUAGAUGUCAAUUUACUCCAAUCAUCGUCAGAGAUAUAGUUAUUCUAGAAGGAUGGCAUUCUUUAUACAAAGGCUGGCAGAGUUUAACACUGAGCAUCGCCAUCACUAGCUUCACGUACUUCUACAUAUUUCAUGGCUUGAAACUUUACGUAGGAGUUGAGAGUCAGUCCAUAUUUAAGGACAUUAUUUUUGGUACUAUUUCCGGUAUAAUCACUGUUUCUAUAUCAAAUCCAUUUUGGGUCAUAAACACCAGACUAAAGCUCCAGCAUUUGCGCAUCAACAACAAUAAAAACAAAAUUAAUAAUUAUAACAAUAAUAAUAAUAUUAUUAUUAAUUAUAAUAGGAAUAUUAAUUUUAAUGUCUACAAAGAGGAUGGUUUGAAAUUUUAUUUCUAUGGUUUGACGUCAUCGUUAUUGCUGGUUACCAAUCCGGUCGUCAAUUUUAUGGUCUAUGAGUUCUGCAAAAGAUCAUUUAUGAGCUGGCUGUUGAAUUUUUUUUCAGACAGUAUUUUGUUCUUUGCAUUUGGUGGGCUUGCAAAACUUUUGGCCACCGUUGUAACCUACCCUCUACAAGUCGUCCAGACAAGAUCUCGAGUUAGGAAAAGAACUUUUUUUCCCGCUUUUAUAUCUUUGUCAAAGGUUAGGUAUUUUUUUAGAGGGCUGGAAUCAAAACUGUUGCAGACGGUCCUGACGUCUGCCUUCAUGUUUCUUAUCUAUGAAAAUUUGACUAGUCUCUUG